CAAACACCACACAAACCCCGACCCCUGUCAGUCGCACCUCCAACAUCAUCAACAUCACACCAUCAUUAACAUCACACCAAACCACCACAACUGCCACAAGCGUAACAACUACCCACAACACAAAACCACUACAACUCCCUUGCUUUCUCCAACAUCACUAAGCUCAGCCCACACUUCAACCCCCAUCGCAACACUGCAUCGAGCACCGCUUGAACCAACAUUCCCGCUUACAAUACCACCGCAAGAAGUCGCGCUCCACCAGCAGCCCCACACUACCAUCAAUUGAAGCCAACAGUCCAAUCGAACAAAUAAUAACCCGCAAAAAGCUCUAAUUCAGCUCACGAUUUCAGCAUUUGUAGCCCCGCAAUUGGCAAUUUGCACCCACGGAAUUAAUGAAAUUGGGCGGCUGAGAUGUAUUGAACCUCCCAAUCGCUCCUUGCCUAGCCUUGAAACCCUAGCGACCAGGGUUUUCAAGGGUGGAGGAAGAACGAUUUGGGGGUUUCAAGGGUAGAAGAUGGGUUUUUCUAGGGUUUUGUCGGAAGGGAAGAGGCUUCAGGUAAGGAAUUGUGGUUUAGGGGCAAGGAGAGCCUGUCGCCGGCGAAGGAGAGAGGGUGGCAGUGAGGUUUUGGCCUUCGGGAAGCAUUGAUGGAGGAAAGGGAGGUGGAUGGAAGGUGGCAGGGAUGGAGGGGUGGCUGGACCUCACUAACGAUAACGGUAACAUCAUAAGUCAUGCAUCUGGUUGCUUUUAUAUUCUAUUUCAUCUGUAGCACAUGAUGGCCGCAACAACAGCUACAAACUUUUCCGCUGCAUCAAUUGCUUCCGGCGAUGUAAAGGUAGGAUUGGUUCCAAAAAUGAAGUCAUCAGGGCUACAGAUGAAAUCUACCCAUGAUUUUAGGGAUUUCAGUGGUCUUAAAGCAGCCGCAUCUCUAACCUGUGAAUCAGAGUCUUCGUUUCUUGGUAAAGAUGGUGUUAUUGCCCUGCGAAAUUCUUUCCAAACAAAAGCUGUGAAAGAAAACAUCCAGUCCCUUGCCUCUCUGCAGCCAAAGAUUCAAGCUUCCUUUAAAGUGGCCGUUCUUGGAGCUGCUGGAGGGAUUGGUCAACCAUUAUCACUUCUGGUCAAAAUGUCCCCACUGGUCUCGACUCUUCAUCUCUAUGAUAUUGCAAAUGUCAAGGGAGUUGCUGCGGACCUAAGCCAUUGCAAUACACCCUCAGAAGCUUUAGCUUUCACUGGGCCUGAGCAGUUAGGAGAUGCCCUAAAAGGGGUGGAUGUAGUUGUUAUCCCUGCUGGUGUUCCAAGAAAACCAGGAAUGACUCGAGAUGACCUCUUUAAUAUCAAUGCUGGCAUAGUGAAGACUUUGGUUGAAGCAGUUGCUGACAACUGUCCAGAUGCCUUUAUUCACAUAAUCAGCAACCCUGUGAAUUCAACUGUGCCAAUUGCUGCAGAGGUGCUGAAGCAAAAGGGUGUUUAUAAUCCUAAGAAGCUUUUUGGUGUCACUACUCUAGAUGUUGUUCGGGCAAACACAUUUGUUGCACAAAAAAAGAAUCUGAAACUCAUUGAUGUAGAUGUGCCAGUGAUUGGUGGACAUGCUGGUAUAACCAUUUUGCCUCUAUUGUCUAAGACAAAACCCUCUGCGAGCUUUACUGAUGAAGAGAUAGAAGAACUAACUGUAAGAAUUCAGAAUGCUGGGACAGAGGUUGUGGAAGCCAAAGCUGGGGCUGGUUCUGCGACACUGUCUAUGGCCUAUGCUGCUGCUAGAUUUGUGGAGUCUUCUCUUCGUGCUCUUGAUGGAGACUCAGAUGUGUAUGAGUGCUCGUUUGUGCAGUCGGAGUUAACUGAUCUUCCUUUCUUCGCAUCAAGAAUUAAGCUGGGAAAGAAUGGAGUAGAAGCUUUUCUGAAUUCUGACCUGCAAGGCCUAACUGACUAUGAAUCCAAGGCUCUUGAAGCUCUUAAGCCUGAACUCAGAGCUAGCAUUGAGAAGGGUAUUGCUUUUGCUAACAAAUAAUCAGUUAAUGCUUGAUCUUCUCUUGAAGGUAUGUAGUUCGGCAUGAAAAUGCCCAGAAUUUUAUGAUGUUAGACUUGGUCGUCACUCUCAUUUUUGUAGCUUGAUAGAGUUUAAUUUCCAUUUAAAAAUAAUUGUGUGAGGCUCAAAUGUUUUUUGAGAGGCUUUGGUGAAGCAACUUGGUUUGUGAUCUCUGCUGUGAGAAAAGGCUUUUAUUGUUUUUAUUGUCGGUGCUCUCUAUCAUGUUUAAGUUGUUUGAUGUCUGUAAAUUGGCUAGAGCAGUGAUUUCUCAAGCCAAGCCUGUUGUAGCUUGAACAGAGCUACCGAAUAUUUUGUUGAGAUCAGUUUGAAAAUAAUGUCAGUGAAUUGUGGCUGCUUCUAUCA